AUGUCGUCUGUCGAAGAUUUCCUGGCACGAGCCGAUUUCAAGCGGCUUGGCUCGGGCAUUGCAUUGCUAUGUCUUCUGGCCUUUUACUCCCCAGUGAUGGUGUUGGUGCUGUCCCCGGUCUACGGUUCUUUGCCAUCGCAUAUCUUCCAUAGCUAUGGAGUGGCCAUCUUCGCCGGAGCUGGAUGGUUCUUGAAGGACCAAAUUCAAAAGCGUAUUGGUCGUCUCGCUGCGAUUAUUCUGCCUGUCCUGGCUUUUUGGACCCCGACUCUGCAGUACUUCAUUAUGCAGCAAAGUUCCAAGCUGGGCAACCCGGCUGGCCCAGUCAUCACUGAGCUCUUCGGUUAUUAUCCGCUAGUGAUGCUCACUGUGGCUGUCGCCGGAAAGCAAAUUCAAUUUGCCCUUCACCUUGAAUCGCAGGGUGAUAUAGCCGCGGAGCAUGUGCCCCUGCUGGGUUCGUACGUCGUGUAUUCGAUCGGCGAACACUUCGCUAAGGCUGUUCUCUCCCAUGCCAUUGGCUUCACCAUUGUCUUCUCCCGCGCAGGCCUGCAAUUUCUCAUUGCGGUUCUCUACGCUGCCGUUAUUCCGUCCAAGCUAUUGGUCCUGGCCAUCCCGUCUCUGCUUUUCUCAAUCACCUCUGAUGUUCAUCUGGGUGGCAUCAGCGGUGUUAACUCUGCGCUCAAGCACGAGGGAUAUACUCUGUUGACACGGCAAGAGUCUUACACCGGAUAUAUCUCUGUCUUGGAGAACAAUCACGACGGAUUCAGAGUGAUGCGAUGUGAUCACAGCCUCCUCGGUGGACAAUGGACCAAAUCAUCGCCAGGUUACCACCCAGAGGUGGAGGACCCUAUUUAUGCAGUCUUUGCUAUGCUUGAGGCUGUUCGCCUGGUCGAGCCAGACCACGGCAGCGAGCGCGUUGAUGCGAACAGCAAGGCACUGGUCAUUGGCCUUGGGGUUGGCACGACUCCCGCUGCACUGAUGAAGCAUGGCAUCGACACUACCGUGGUUGAAAUUGACCCUGUCGUGCAUAAGCUUGCCACUCAGUACUUCAACCUCCCAUCUAACCAUCUUCCCGUUAUCGAAGACGCCACCAAGUUUGUUGAGCGUGCGCAAAAGUUGCCGUCCCAGUACGAUUAUAUCAUCCAUGAUGUCUUCACCGGUGGUGCUGAGCCUGCGGAGCUGUUCACGAUGGAAUUUCUGAAAGGCUUGAGCUCUUUGCUGAGAGAUGACGGUGUCAUUGCGAUUAACUAUGCUGGUGAUCUUGAGCUCUACCCAACCGGCCUGAUUGCUCGCACCAUCCAGGCCGUCUUCCCGACUUGCCGCAUCUUCCGCGAAGAUGCGCCGAGCGAGGACAACGAAAACAACAAUUUCACCAACAUGGUAUUCUUCUGUAAGAAGAAUUCUUCCCCUCUACAGUUCCGAGAGCCUGUGCCUUCGGACUUCUUACGCAGCAAGACUCGUGAGAACUAUCUCCUCCCGAAGCAUGAGCUCGACCCCGUCAUUUUUGCGACAAUUCCCAAGAAAGGAAGACACGUCCUCGUUGCAAAGGAGGCCCGGAGAUUGCACAAGUUCCAGGACCGCGGGGCUCUGGAACACUGGGAAAUCAUGCGGAAGGUUAUUCCCGAUGCUGUUUGGGAGAACUGGUGA